AUGUAUCUCCGCAGGGCGGUCUCCAAGACGCUGGCGCUCCCUCUGAGGGCGCCCUUCGGCCCCGCGCCGCUCCGGAAGGACGCAUCUCUUCGCUGGAUGUCGUCUAACAAAUUGCCUGGAUCAUCUGGAUCAAAUAUGAUCUAUUAUCUGGUUGUAGGUGUCACAGUCAGUGCUGGUGGAUAUUAUACUUACAAGACAGUCACAUCAGAGCAAGCCAAACACACGGAACAUAUAACAAAUUUGAAAGAAAAAACCAAAACAGAGUUACAUCCACUUCAAGGUAAAAAAGAGAAGGUGGCGGGAGCUGAGAAAGCAAGUUCAGAAGUGUGUGAAGUAUCUUUCGUGGAAGUUCCGGAGGUAGAUGCGGAAUAUAGUCCAGAUGCUACAGUUGCAGCCAGAGAGGAGGCUUCAGCCUGUCCUGGGGAUACGGAGGCCGCUCCGGCAGAGACCGACGCGGUCAGUACUGAAGCGGGGCCAGAGGCGACCGCCGCAGCGCUGGGCGCAACCGCACAAGGCAGCGCUGAAAUGCCCUCGGAGGCUCAGAAUGCAGCUUUGGAUGAAACUGUUGCCGGAAAUGAUGAUAAAGGGACUACAGAGAAGGAAAGUUCUGGUGAAAGUGCUGAACGAGAAGAAAAGAAUCGCCCCGUUGAAUCAGAAUCCUCUGCUGGGGUUGAUUUACAGGAGGAAGCCAGCGUUGGUUCCGACGCCGCCCUGGCUCAAGGCUAAUCUCCCGCUGAUGGACACUUGAGCAAAAAAAAUGCCAUCGAGUGUCCGAUAGGUGCUUUCGUAGUUUCAGUCAUCGUAGUUUUAGAAUAGGCUUCUUUGCUAGAAAACUUGAAUGUGCCUUGAAGAUUUUUGGUAUCUACUGAUAGAUUUGGGGAUUGAGAGACUUGAGAUUUUACGUGUCUGAAUAGUUUCCUGCUCUCUGAGAUCCGAAUACGACAUUGCAGUAAAAAACUUACCGAGUUCCAUCUUUGCAUUUAAGUUUCAUAUCAUAGGAAGUGAGCUAUCUCUACAAUCUGCAUUCACUUUAAUUUUUGCUAUACCUGAUUCUUUAUGUUAAUCUAGGUUCUUGAGUUUUGAUUUGAACUCAUUAAAAUAAAAUUGGAAAAUCUUUA